AUGUUAAGACGAAAUAUAAGAUUACGAAAAGAGUAUUUGUAUUUAAAAAAAAUUGAGGAAGAAAAAAAACAGUAUGCAGAGAAAAUAAAGAGCAUAAAAGAAAGCUAUGAGAAAAAUAAAAAAAUUAAAGAUAAUUUAAAAAAUGAAGAAAAUGAAUUAAGGAAAAAGAUGGACUUAUAUGAUGAAAAAUCAUUUAAUAGAAAAUUGGACGAUGAAUAUUUUUUCUGUGGUAUUGAAAACCCUCGGGUACUUAUAACAACUUCAAGAAAUCCAUCAGCUCAAUUAGAAAAUUUUGCAAAAGAAAUUAAGCUUAUAAUCCCUAAUAGUGAAAAAAUAAAUAGAGGAAGUUAUUUUAUUAAAGAUAUAAUAAAUUUUGCAAAAAAAAAUAAUAUUACUGAUGUAAUUAUUAUACAUGAAUAUAAGGGUAUACCAAGAAAUUUAAUUAUUUGCCAUUUGCCAUUUGGACCAACUUUGUUUUGCACUAUUAAAGAUUGCAAAAUGAGACAUGAAUUUAAUGAUCAGAUAAAUAAUAUUUCUAUGUGUAAUCCUCAUUUAAUUUUUCAUAAUUUCAAUUCAGAUUUAGGAAGAAGAGUUAUGAACAUUUUCAAAUACUUAUUUCCUCCUGUUAAAAUUAGAACUAACAAAAGAAAAUUCUCAAAAUUUAACAAACAAAUACCAAUUAUAAAUGAUAAGCAAUAUCAAAGUAAACAAGAAAAUGAAAACGAAGAUGAUGAAAAUGAAUUAGAAAUAUCUAUUAAAAAUAAUGAAUAUUACAGUUUACAAAAAUAUGAAAAUAAUAGAAUUAUUACAUUUUUUAAUAAAAAUGAUAUUAUAUAUUUUCGUCAUUAUAAUUGGAAUACUAAUGAAAAUAAUGAAAUAAUAUUAAAUGAAAUGGGACCCAGGUUUAGUUUUAUUGUUUAUAAAAUAAAUAAAGAGACUCUUGAUUCAUUAAAUGAAGAUUAUGAAUACGUAUAUCGUCCUUUCUUAAAUUCUAAAAAAACGUUAUUAUCAUAA